GAAACAACGUGGUUGCAGUUGCUGAUUUAAUUCGAGCAUGGAAUUGGAAGAUACCAGCAGUUCUGAUUCGAUUUUUCCCUAUUCUCCAAGUGAAUCAUCAGAUGUAAGCUGUUCAUUUCAAUCAGUAUUUAGCAAGGAGAACUCUAGUGGUGAAGAACGUAGUCUUGUAAGAAUAAAGACACCUAAGGAACAUCCUUUACGCCGCACCUUACAUGAUCUUAUUCGUACAUUCGAAAAUUCAACAACAAUUGGCUCAUCCAAGAUGUUGAAUGACAAACUAUCUUUGGAUCAGCUAGCAAUUCAAGAAACAUCAAGUUCUGAAAUCAUCACACCUUCAUGUUUGCCCAAUGACAAGAGCUCUUCAUCUAAAAAAGUUUCUCUAAAGAAAACUAAUGGUACCGACAAGAACUGUUAUCAAACAGACAGUGAUGUGACAGCAGUCGUCAAUUCAUCAGAAAGUAGUGCAUCCAACUCUUCAAACUGCUCAAUUGCUAUACCAAAUAUGGAUGGGAAUAAUCUUCGCGGGUCAAAUGUUGCAAUGGUGUCUGGACUUGCUGAAAGUAAACGAAAUUCUCCUGCAGAGAUGUCAAAAGAUAUUUUUUUCUUCGAAUCCAGAGACGUACAUCAUAUAGAUAGAAAUACCGAACAAGAAGACAAAGCCACUCACGAAAGUCUACCUGACCAUGUACCUGUAGUGAAAGUGAACAAUCCUGGCCAAGAUUGUGAAGAAGACGACAUGUUUUUUCUUCGCAUGUCGCCAUCCCAGCCUUCUGAAGCAUUUGUCAACGAAACACCUUUCAGGCGCAAUACUUUGGUGACUAAAGAUUCGUCCCAGAGAUGUCGCUCUUCUUGCACACCUGAUGAUUCUGGUCACAUGUUCAUAAAUUCUAAGUCACGUGAUGUGAAGGCUUUACCUCUUUCUUCAGAAGACUCGGAUGUCGACGACAAAGUCUGUUUAAGACAAGGUACUCCGAGUUUUCUUACGGAAACGGAAGCUCUGCCCUCGAAACCUUUCGAGAAAUGCGUUUUCACGAAAAUCAAAGAAAGUGGAAUUGGAUCCAACAAGUGCAACCGAACUGAUCAUGAAAGUGAAGAUGAAUUUUCUGUGCCGCCGUCAACGGGGCGAAAUAAACGCAAGCAUCUCAGCAAAAAUACUUCGAGUGCGAAGAAAGUUAAGAAUGACGAUCGUGUGCAUCGUGUGCUCGUGUGCAUCGAGGAUCAAAGAUGGGAAAAUUAUGGACAAAUAAAUAAAAGAGGCUUUUUAAAGACGGUAAAGACUCGAAAGACGACAACCGUUACGACGUUGAUCGAGGUCGAGGUAGAGAUCAUAUACUCUUCAAUUAAUGGAACGACAAUAACCAAAGAAACUAAACACGAGUUCGGAGAGCCUACGUACAAAGUCACGACGAUGACAGACGAGACGCAAGAAGAGGUGUCAGAAAUACCUCCCGUGAUCGAAUUCGACGAAACUCUUCUUUCGAAAAAACCUCAUUUCUCAGAAAACAUUGAAGAUCCUACGAAAUACGUAGCAAAUGAUGAUAAAUCGAAGGUGGAAUCUCUUGAAAAUACUUGUAGUAAUAAGAAGACUGUUGUGCAAUGUAACGACCAAAAUAUUUCAGAAUUACGUAGUGUAGUCCAUGCGAGAAAAAAAUUAUGCGCCAAAUCGUCGAAAUCACCGAGAGAGCUUUUGUUGCCAACGAAAAAUUUAUCGCCGAUUUUGUUUACGACUUCAUGUUCAUCUUCGUCUUCCAACUCGUCAAGGUCUUCCGGAGAUCUCGGUGAAGAAGGGAAAUCUCUUCGUCAAUUUGAUGAAAUAAAAGCACCAAAGGCGAGAAUAAAACGAACGCGUUCUUGUGUACUUCAUGAAAAGAACAAAGACAUUACGUCAUCGCGCCCCUCGCCGUUACUUCAAAAUGGAACAAAAGUUUUUGGUAAAUGGUUUGAUAAGCACUAUUACCCUGGCAUUGUAGAAUCGACAUUUAGCCAUCCUGGGGAAUACCGUGUGCGUUUUGACGAUGGAAACGUCAGAACUCUUCAUGAAGAUUGUAUAAUUAUUGUUGACGAUUUUCUGCCCGAUCAGCAGGUGAUGUUUUGCAAGAAAGCCGGCGGCGGGUAUAUCGAUGGUGUUGUCAAGGAGACUUUCAUGAAUGGAGUCGAAGAGGUGCAUAAGGUGAAAAGUUGUAAUAAUGAAGUGGUGGAUUGUCCAAGACGGAAUGUUAUGCUUAGUGCGGAACAAGCGGCGAUGUUUUUGUCGCUUAAUGAACAUGUUGAAAAUUGCAGGACAACGAACGGAGAGAAGUCUUUAUCCAAAGUUACAAAUUUUGAAUACACCACGUCACCUCGUUCUACAAUAUUAUGUGAGAAACGAGAAACAGCAAGCGCCAGACCGACAAAUCAAAAAAACCGCGAAAUCGUUCGUAAAUCUCAAAAAGGAUCAUCAGGAAAAUGUGGACAUGGAAAAAAAAACGUCGGAAAUCGUCGAAAAUCUCCGCGUAAAAUCAACUCUUGUGGGGGGAUUCUUUCAAAGAAUAAAGAUUUAUUUUGCGGCUAUGGAUUCGUUCUGACCGGAAAAAACGUUACUUACUCUCUGAAUGAUAGCGAAUCUCGCGAGGAACAGCAAAUCUACACAAAGAAUGACGUCAAGGCUCAAUUAAAGGCCUGUGGUGGCGAGAUAUUGGACGGAUUUCAGGAUGAUAUUUCUGUAAAUUCAUGUUUUCUCUUGUCAAAUACCUGUCAGACCACGGCUAAAUAUUUCCACGCGUUAGUUUUAAAUGUACCUUGUAUUUCUCACGUUUGGAUUCGUGAUUGCUGCGUGGAAAACAGGCUGAUCGGCUUUCAAAGUUAUUUGUUACCCGCCGGCAAAGAUAUCAUCAACGAUGAGCUGAUCGAAAAUCAAAGCUAUCGAGGCGCUUUGCGAGGAUUGAAGGUUCACCUAGUUGGCCCCAGCGAUUUUCAGCUCGAUUGGAAAAAAGUUUUGAAGGCAGCUGGUUGUCAGAUGGUAUCAAAACUACCACCAAAUCCGCUACAAACGUUGCAGCAAUCGCAACACGAACCAAUUUGCGACGUCAUUAUUGUCGGCAGCAGUCACGUGAUGCAUAGUACCAUUCAAAAGUCGAAGUUGCUGAACAUACCAGCUGUCACCAUACAUUGGUUAAAACAAUGCAUCAUUACAGGGAAAAAGUGGGAUUUUGAUGCUCAUGACACGUUUGUGUUUAGUUUUUAGACUUUUUAGACUCAACAUCAACGCCAACAGUUCCUCUCAGGACUCUACUAAUCUGGACGAUCUACAUCCACAAACAUGCUACAGUACACUUUGUUAAACAGUUUUUAUAAACUUUUGCCUCUCAAGAUAUUAGAGUUUUUGUAUUGCUUUGUU